GAUAGUGACGUUUAAGCUAUGGCUGUAUCGUCAAAAUAAAUUCCAUUCUUUUUGUACAGCUCAUCGCUUCAAUCAUUUUAUUGCUCAAAUUGUUCUAUUAGUUGCGGAAACAAUCGUUAAAAUGUUUCUCUGUGUGUAGUGAAUAUUGCUCGCUAUGGCUUUCCUGUGUCCAGUUCGCAUUCGGCGAGGAAAAAAGAAAAAACCAAUUGGGAGCGAUAUUGACAAAGACCUUUCAAGCAGCUUAGGUUUAAACCAUGGAAUGGGUCGUAUCACAGGAUCGGCCAGCAUUGAAACACUGGUUCGGGUUGGCAUCGAGAAGGAACAUGGACUUAGUCCGGAUAGUAAAAUGGUAGUUUUGCAUGACUUCACUCCUUGCGUUGAUGAUGAGUUGGAAGUGAAACGAGGACAAAUAGUGAACAUUCUCUAUCGUGAAAACGAUUGGGUCUAUGUGAUUGGGCAAGAUACCAGACAGGAAGGAUUCAUCCCUCAUUCGUACUGCGCUCCUUUUAAUACCCAGUUGGCCGAUUUGGCCAUCAAAAAGAAAUUACCCCGUGACAUAUCCGGUUUGGCGAACAAUGAUCUAACGGACGGUAUUCCGGACAUUAACAUCGAUGUAAUUGACGACAGCACUCCUGGAUUGGUCGGUUUGACCAACUCUCUUAAACACUCGCAGGCGAGUCUUAGUUCCGAGCCUGAUUUCUUGCCAUUUUCCAAGGACCCUAGUGGUCGCUAUAUUGUUUUAUAUACGUUCAUUGCCCGUGAUGAAAAUGACGUUUCCGUAGAACGAGGAGAAUUUGUUACAGUGCUGAAUCGUGAAGAUCCAGAAUGGUUCUGGAUAGUGAGGAGUGACGGUCAAGAAGGUUUUAUUCCGUCUGGUUUUGUAUACCCUGCUGAAAAUAUUCUUCAGGGUCAAACGAAACAAAAUUCCACCGGAGCGAACGCGACCAACAAUGCCAUCAAUGUAGGAGCAAUUGAUCCCAACGCUAAUAUCGCCCAGGUUAAUAUUUUAGGAGGAAAUGGCAAUGCAAAUCUGAAUGGCACACAACAACAACCGGGUAUUGGCUCAGAUGACUUGAGGUAUCAUGGUACAGAACUCGUAAUGCUGUAUGAUUAUAAGGCACAAGCCCCCGACGAUUUGUCGGUUCGACGUGGCGAUUGGAUCUACGCUGAUUUGAACAACCAGACCGUCGAUGGAUGGCUCUGGGCGUAUGCGCCGAAAACACGCAAGUACGGCUUUAUACCCAAAGCGUAUGCUCGACCUCCAGCCAUGACCAGUUUGUAAAGAAAGCAAUUUUUAACUAGGCUAACAUGCUAUAUAAGACAAUAAUUUUAAUAUUAUAUUUUGUUUUGCAAAUGUUUAAGACAAUAAGUCGUUUAAGACAUUCGUAAGGAAUCAUCUGUCUAAUAGACUGCAACAAAUCACUGAAGCUUUCAAUUCAAUUGCUUCUAAAUUGUUGAAGCUCAAUGUACUUAAUCGAAAAAUUAUACACAUUCAAUACUCUAUUAGAAACUAUUAUUUUAUUUUAUACAUGAAAUAAACAAAAGGUUUUAUAUGAA